GUGGCAGCGCGUGCUGGUGGCUGGCUCAGUCGGUGAGGAGAAUUGCUCGGUGCGGACGUGUCGCAGCAAGUCUCUGUGUUGCGCGCGUGAGCAGCAGCGGGGCGCCCGGAGCUCGCUCCCCCCCCCCCCCCCGUGGGGUCAUCUUCUCCGCUCCUAAUAGACCCCCCGGGACCGGAGAGUGAGGCGAGGCAGGAGCGAAGGAUUUUGCUUAGUGUUGGAACACCAGUGCCGCUAGUGACCUGUCCACUUUACACAUUUGGUAUACGUGCCAUAGGAGGUACCUGGUGCUCCAGACAUCCUAUUAGAAAGGGCGUUUAGUGACUAGUUCUCAAUACCCUUGAAGAUGUGCAGCUCCAGCGGCCGUGUGUGGUUCCUGACAGACCGAAGAAUAAAGGAUGAUUAUCCUCAGCAGGAGAUCCUGCGGGCUCUUAAAGCAAAGUGCUGUGAUGACGAUCUGGAGUUCCGGGCCUUGCUCAUGGAUGAGGUGGUGCUGACAGUAGAACAAGGCAGUUUGGGGCUGCGCAUAAAUGGUGAGUUCAUCUCUGCAUAUCCUCAGGUGGUGGUCGUUCGUGUGCCUACGCCAUGGGUACAGAGUGACAGUGACAUCACAGUCCUGAGACACCUUGAGAAGAUGGGAUGUCGUCUAAUGAAUAGGCCACAAGCUAUCCUAAACUGCGUUAAUAAAUUUUGGACAUUCCAGGAGUUAGCUGGUCAUGGAGUACCUCUCCCAGACACCUUCUCUUAUGGUGGCCAUGAAAACUUUGGAAAAAUGAUCGAUGAGGCAGAAGUCCUUGAGUUUCCUAUGGUGGUGAAGAAUACCAGAGGUCACAGAGGCAAGGCAGUGUUUCUGGCUCGGGAUAAACAUCAUCUGGCAGACCUGAGUCACCUGAUUCGUCACGAGGCUCCCUACUUGUUUCAGAAGUACGUGCAAGAGUCUCACGGUCGGGAUGUGAGGGUCAUCGUUAUUGGUGGACGUGUUAUUGGCACAAUGCUGCGCUGCUCAACUGAUGGAAGGAUGCAAAGUAACUGCUCACUAGGAGGCGUUGGCAUGAUGUGCACCCUCAGUGAGCAGGGAAAGCAGCUGGCUAUACAGGUCUCAAAUAUCCUGGGAAUGGACGUGUGUGGUAUUGACCUGCUUACCAAGGAAGAUGGCUCUUUCUGUGUUUGUGAGGCCAAUGCAAAUGUGGGCUUCAUUGCUUUUGACAAAGCCUGUAAUCUAGAUGUGGCUUCCCUGAUUGCGGACUAUGCUCUGUCGCUCCUUCCAAGCCGUCUGACGAGGCGAAUGUCCCUCCUGUCUGUUGUCUCCAGUGCAAGCGAGACCAGUGAACCUGAGCUCCCUGGUGUACCUUCCGGCACUGGUAUUGACGGUCAGGGCUCACUUCUCCAUCACCACCAUAACCACGAUGCUGGUGACAGCAUGAGUGCAAGCUCCAGCUCUGUGGACAGUGACCCUGACACUGCCACGGAGAGGGAGCUCCUCACUAAGGCAUCCAUCUUUAACAUGAACCAGCUUCUUGCCAGUGAAAUCAAGCUCUUGGUGGAGUAGAAGACGGGGUUUAGGGUGGGAGGGAGGGGGACGUCUGUUGGGGUACAGCACGUGUAAAUAUUGAAGGGCCAUUAUUGCUGGUGUUGGGGAGAGGGUGGGGUGUUAGGGGUUGGUUGUAGAAUGGGAAUUGGUUAACUCAGACUCCCUGUUGUGUAUAAGACUGCGCCAUCGAACUAUGAAUUUGGGAGGGGGGUAUGAUAGGAGCAAGGAACCUACUUCCUCCAUGUUACAAGGGACAUGUGCCUAAUAUUUAACCUAUUUAAAGUGAAUAUUAGAGAGGGUACUCUUGCAUUUAUUUAAUUUUGGCUAUAAUGGGCAUAACCCAUGUUUUCUUUAGUGCCAUUACCACUAUUUCCCUUAUUGCAGAAGCAGAUUAAAGACUAUUUUGCAUGUUCAUUUUGCAUCUAACCUGCAGUUGCAUUUUUUUAUUUUAUUUAUUAUAAUUUCACUAUGGCUACCUGAGUACCUACCUAUAUACCCCCAUCUUCUGUUAAGUUGCGCUGUUAUGCAUUAAGUGCAUAGAUUGUCCCAUGUAAAUUGGAGUCUAGAAGCUGGUUCCCUGUUAAGGAGGAUGUUCAGUAUUUAGGGGUGGAUAUCUGUUUUGACCUCCUCAUCUUUAUAGAAAUGCAGACGCAUGACCAUGGAGUAAGAGAUUUUACAUGCUGGGGUGACACAAAUACCUUACCUGUAUUUCUCCUGUACACUGCAUGUGUAUGUAAUAUCCUUCUAUGUAUUACUGCAAAAGUUUCCUACUCAUUUUAUGGUGCACAUAAGAAUUAGAGACUGUCUCUAGUACAACCUGAAAGUGAUAUUUCCAGGUUCCUCAAAAACCACCAGACGGGUUAGUAUCUAAUAUUGGUGUGCGCCCUCAUUGCAGGCGAAGUCCUGACUAGUCACAGACAUAUACGGUAACCCCAGGUGCAGUAUGGGUGUUGCAAUAUAUUGACUCCUUCUGGCCCAGAGACACUUGACAUGUUAUCCCAUACAAGACACAAUCACUGAUUUGUUCACAAUCUUUAAAAUUAACAGUAUUAUCUUAUUUAAAGACCUCUAGUUUACAUUGUGAGCAAUGGAUUUGUCUGCUUCCUUUGCUGAUUUGGGAAAUACUGACAUUUUGGCUGUAACCUCAGGCUGGCUUAAUGUGGUCUUGGCCUGUCAAUUGGAGGGGGUUGGGUGGAGUAGACACUGUUCUGUAUGGGAUAACAUGAACCAUGUUUGACCUAUUACCCUUCUAGUUAAUAACCAGACCCUGUUCUCUUGUGCCUAACUUGCCAGCCCCACUUAUGUUCUGCACCUGAUACUCCCUACACUGCGUCUGUACCGAAAGCAGCCUUAUCCCCCUGGAAUCUCCUUCUGCACAUUUCCCAAUGUCCUCUGUGAUAUAUGUAUAUAGAUAUAUAUCUAUAUAUAUGUAUCACAAGGUUUGUUUAGUUUACUGUGGCUCCUUUCCUGCCUGGCGCAAAAUCUUAUCAUGUGUUUGGCUGUGAAUGGAGUUUACACUCCUGAUAUGCCCUCCUUCCUUAACCCAGCCACUAAUGGGGUGUUGUGCCUGAUGGCCUCUGUCAGUGGAAGGGUUAAUAGCAGUGUUAAACAAUGCUGUUUUUAUUGCCUUUUGAAAGUGUACAUUUGUUUUCUUUUUAAACCCAUAUUGCUGCUUUUUUUAUUCUUAUACAUGUUUUGCUGGAUGGAGGGGUUUUGAUAGGGGGAGUUAUAAGUUUAUUGUUGACAGCCGCCCCUUGAUCCUGGACCUCUGUAGGGCACAGGGUAUUGCUGCUGUAUAUUUUCUGGAUGGGCAUGCAGCAUAUGAAAGUCUUAAUGGGUGCUAUCCCAAUGAGCAUUCUUUAUCUGGGUGGUAACUGGGCAGUGUCUGUUCGGUGCACCACAUUCUCGAGGUGUGCGUUUGCACAAAGAUUGAUUUAGAACAUGGUUUAUCUUGCUCUAAUUCUGUCUUUGUGCGUGAGUAAUGGCCAAUCCCAGAGUCUGUCUAUUCCUUUCUUCAUUCUGGGGAGAAUGAUGGGGCCCCAAUCUUAAACCCUCCUUUGCAUGGUAGGUAUGAAAAUAGAGACGGUGAGUCUCUUCUGGCAUGCUAGCACAGAACACCUGUGCAAGAAAUGUUUGCAGAGGAUCUUUUUCCUUCAAUCGUUACAGUUCUACCUCCUCCUAAAUCAAAGUGCCCUCCAGGUCUGAGCCAGAUUUGCUUUUUAUUGCACAGAUAUAAAAGGGGAAACGAUGAAAGUUUAAUGGGGUCCUCCUGUCUGUUACAUUCCUACCUCCACCCCUUCUCCUCCCUGAUCUGUAAAUAGCAUAUAACAGACCCUUACACACUACAGAAGGAACUGGAUCUUCUCCCUCCACUUUGCUCCUCCAUCACAGCUUUAACAGUUUUUUUUUUUUGUUUUUUUUAUUUGUAAUUUCUUUUUUAAGUCUUAUUUAAGCCAACAGCCAAAAAAAUAUAAAAAAUGAAAGAAAAAAAAAAGAGCUGGAAUGUAAUAAAUUGUCAUUGAAAUGAAAGGUACCUGCAUUUUUUUUUUUCUCUGCCGUCUUAUUAAUGCAUUGCUGUUUCAGAGUUUGCUGCUUCAACUGGCAUAAAUGGUAACAAAGUCAAAAAACAAUCAAAA